AUGUCGCUUCAAGAAUCAACCCUAAUUCCAGCGCCACUUCAGAAUCACAGUGAUGGACAAGCAGCUGGUAUCCAUGUAAAUCAACUAGAUCCGAACCAUGAGGUUGAGACAGAGAUUAGAGAAAAGAAUCAAGACAAUCCCUACAUGACAAAGAAAAGAAAACGCACAUCCAAAGUGUGGGAUGACUUCAAAGAGAUCACUGAUGUAAAAGGAAAUGUGAAAGCCGAAUGCAUUCACUGCAAGACACGGCUAUCAGUCAACAAGACUGGUUGUACAACUCACUUGGCUAGACAUAGUGCCAAAUGCACUGCUAAACAAAUUCACAGCACGAAAGGCCAACAAAUUAUCAGCAUCACAAUGUCUAUGGCUCAGAAGGAAGCGGUGAGCUCUGUCACUAAUUUUAAGUAUGACCACUCAAAGAUCAGAGAGGUACUUUCACACAUGAUUAUUGUGCAUGAGCUCCCAUUUCGAUUUCCUGAAUAUGAAUUAUUUAAUUUGUUGAUGAAGAGCGCCACUCCCCUAUAUAAUAAGAUUAGUCGUGCAACAGCAAAGAAGGAUUGUUGGGCCUCUUAUGAGUUGGAGAAGAAGAGAUUGAUGAACGAAUUGAAAGGUGUUAGUAGAGUAAGUGUGACUACAGACCUUUGGACAUCAGAUCAAAAUAUUUCAUAUAUGGUUGUCACAGGUCACUAUGUGGAUUCAAAUUGGAAUUUACAAAAGCGCACUUUGAACUUUUGUGAUAUUCCACCACCACAUACGGGAGUCGUGAUAAGUGAUGUGCUGCAAAGAUGCUUUCGAGAGUGGGGUAUUGAGGAAAAAGUUUGGACAAUCACUUUGGAUAAUGCUUCCAACAAUGAUGUAGCUGUUCGGAUAUUGAAAGAAAAUCUCUUGUUCAGACACACUUUACCUCUUGGUGGUCAAAUAUUUCACGUGAGAUGUUGUGCGCACAUUCUUAAUCUUUUGGUCAAAGAUGGAUUAUCUUCUAUUCAGGAUGUGAUCUCCAAAGUGCGUGAAAGUGUGAAGUAUGUGGCAGCAUCAGAGGCACGUGUGAUCAUGUUCGGUGAAAUUGCAAAGCAGUUGGAAUUAUCUUCGAAGAAGCUUGUCUUGGAUUGUGUAACAAGAUGGAAUGCAACAUAUUUUAUGUUGUCAUGUGCUUUGGAGUUCAAAGCUGUUUUUCCAAGAUAUCAACAAAGGGAUCCUUCAUAUACUACAUUGCCGAGUGAGGAGGAAUGGGAGAAAGUGCGCAUUGUUUGUUCUUUCCUUGAAGAUUUUCAUGAGAUCACUGAACUCAUCUCAGGUAUUAAUAUAUUUACUUUGCACUCAUAA